AUGGAGGCCAGGAUCAAGGCACUAGAAGCCCAACUUUCAGAGUUAAGAAAAGAAAUCCAGGCAUUAACGGCCAAACUGAACAAGUUUCCCAACCCCCAAGCAAUAGAAAAUGACUUCGAAAAGAAGAAAGCUGAGUUAGAUCAACUUGUCCAGUUUGCCAACGAACAAUUUGAAACCAAAGCAUCAGAAAUCAACAGCAGUGUAUCAAGCCAGCUAUCCUCAGUGCAAGCAGAAAUCCACAAAAUAAAAGAAGAGCUAGAAGAGCAGCGGUCAUAUCAAAGAAGAAACAACUUAGAGAUCUUUGGACUCCCUGAAAAUAAAAAUGAAAACGUCUACGAACUAGUACUUGAAGUGGCAGCGGUUUUAAAGGUAAAUCUUAACUAUAGGGACAUUGAUGUUGCCCACAGACUGCCAACCAGGAGGAAGGGUGAACCUAAACCCAUUAUAGUGAGGCUAGUAAACAGAUAUGCUAAGGAAGCUAUCAUCAAAGCAAAAAAAAACAAGGCAAACUUAUGCGUGGAGGACUUAGACCCUAAAUUUAAUCUGUCAACCGCUUCGGGGGAUAACACCCUUGAUGGCAGGAUAUUUAUAAAUGAACACCUCACUGCUCACGCCCAGGCCCUCUAUAAGAGAGCAAGAUUCCUCAAAGCUAAGAACCACUUCAAAUACGCCUGGACCAGGGAGGGUAAAAUCUUCCUGAGAAAGACUGACAACUCUCCUGUGAUACUCGUCUCCAAUGAAAGGAUUAUGGCUUCCCUUGAAAGAGAAGCUAAAGUGGAAAGGGACAACCAAAAUGAUUAA